GUGAAGAGGACGGGCGCAGAAACUGGACGCGAAGCUAGCACAUCAGUGUUUUCUUCCAUCUCCGCCGCUGUCGUGUAAAUUGGCGAAAAAAGCAAACCCGCUGAAAUUGCUGAAUGUACGCUACCAAAACGGACCUUUAUUCGCUUUGGUGGAAGUGCAUUGAAAAUCGGAAGUUUUAAGUGUUUGAUUGCUGAAGUUUGUGAAUCUAUCUUGCAUUGCAACCAAGAUAAAUCGAAUUUUUACGUUUCCUGUUACUAUAAGCCAAAAUGGGCGCGUAUCUUUCAGAACCACUUACAACGAAAGACUCUAGUGACGAGGCAAACGAUGUACUUGGAGCCGGAUCCAGCUCAAUGCAAGGUUGGAGGAUUAGUCAAGAGGAUGCUCAUAACUGCAUUUUAAACUUUGACGAGAAUACAUCUUUUUUCGCCGUGUACGAUGGACAUGGUGGAGCGGAAGUUGCCCAGUACUGUAGUCUACACCUUCCGACGUUUCUGAAAUCUCUAAGCUCAUAUAAGUCGAAGGAUUUUGAAAAAGCUUUGAAGGAUGCAUUUAUUGGUUUCGACGCCACGUUAUUGGAAGAUAAAAUAAUCGAGGAACUGAAGAAACUUUCUGAUAAAACCAACGGAGAAGAAGCAGUUGAAGAUGACGAAGAAGAAGAAGAUGAAGAUGACAAUGUUGAUGAUCUCUGCAAAGAAGCUUGUAUGCCACUAAACGAAGUUUUGCAAAUGUAUAAGAAGGAGAAAAAAAAUCCAGCUCUCAACAAAAUUAAAGAGGGUAACUGUUCGAAGCCGUUGUCGCCGUUUCUAAAAGGCAAACGAAAAGGUUUGAUGUCGGAUGAAGUCACUGACGAUGCAGGACCGAGCUCCAGUAAUGCCGACACUUCGUCAAUUGAACAGUCUUCAGCAGAGGCCGAUGUAACCAGCGAUAAAAAUACUAGCAUUCCAGAUGCGGCUGACUCCACUGUAAGUAGUUCAAGUAACAAAAGUGACGAGACUUUACAGAAACCGGAAUCGUCAUCUACAUCGGAUGAAAAGAUAGCUGAACAAAGCGAUGAGAUCAGUGAUACUAAUAGUAUUAUGCCUGUUAAAGCAGCUAAAGAGGAAUGUGCUCCUGAUAGUUCAUCGUCAUCAAAACCAGACGGAGACACCGAGUCCAAAGUUGAGAACCUGAACUCCUCAACUCUUUCGGUUAACGGUGAUGUCGAAUCAGGUAGUAAAUCAACAGUUUCAUCUUCUUCUGCUACGAAUCAGGAAAAUGGUGUCGUUUCAAGUAAUACGAACGCCGGUAGCAGUGUUAGCUGCGGAGCAGGAAGUUCAUCGUCUGCAAGUAAGAGCUCUCCUGCAGCUACCAAUGGACCAAACAUGAUGGAGGAUGAUUCCGAAGAAGAUGAUUCGGAUACUGAUGAGGAAUUCCCACCAGUAGCCGAUGUCAACGAGACUUCUAGCACCGAAGAUGGCGAAGAAGAUCCUUAUUGUGAGGAAGCUAGCGAAGAGGACGAGGAAGACAAUGAUCUAGAGUAUACUGAAGACGAUGAGGAUUACAUGAAUGAAGCGGAUGAAGCAUUCAUGAACAAUAUUACCGAUGAACCCGGUAAAGAUAGCGGCUGUACUGCUGUUGUCGCACUGCUUCACGAAAAAGAAUUGUUUGUGGCCAAUGCCGGUGAUUCACGGUGUGUUGUUUGCCGUGAUGGAAAAGCUUUGGAAAUGAGUUUCGAUCACAAACCAGAGGAUCAAAUUGAGUUUGAUCGAAUACAGAAAGCUGGUGGACGAGUAACUUUAGACGGUCGUGUUAAUGGUGGAUUAAAUUUAUCUCGCGCUAUUGGUGAUCACGGAUAUAAGAUGAACAAAAAAUUGCCCCCAGAGGAGCAGAUGAUCUCAGCUUUACCGGAUAUUAAACAGAUUACUAUUGGAUCGGGUGAUGAUUUCAUGGUGCUGGCCUGUGACGGAAUUUGGAACUUUAUGACUAGUGAUGAUGUAGUUGAAUUCGUACAAGAACGCAUCAGGGACCCUACGAAGAAGCUGUCUGAAAUUUGUGAAGAAAUGUUUGACUACUGCUUAGCACCGCACACUAAGGGCGAUGGAACUGGUUGUGAUAACAUGACCGCUAUAAUUGUUCAAUUUAAACCAAAUUUUAUUGGUGGCGCUUCAAGAAAACGAGCUGCUUCAACCGAAUCUGAAACUACCGCAGCCAACACCGACUGCAAGAAAGCAAAAACAGAAGCGGGUGCAAGCUCAACAACCGGGAGUAAUGGAAGCAGUUGUGAAACGACAACCACCAGUUGCAUCGAUGAAAAGGAGGCAGCCGCUGCCGUAGCAUCCAUUGAAACAAGCUCACUAAUGGAUAGCAGCGACAAUACUGCUUCUUCUUCGACGUGAAUCUACGUUUCGCACAUGUAGAAUGACAAUUUCAACUUUUUGUGACUGCACGAUCCCAGUAAGUUUCCAUUUACUUCGAAUUGCAGCAUAGUUUAGUACUGUUUUUGCUCGACCAUUCAUAUAUGAGCUAUACAAUAAUGUCAUCACAUGGCCCAAUACUUUUCCUUUAUGCCAAGUUCGUCAACUUAUUCUAAAUUGUGCGCUGUAAAACAUACUCAUGUGUACUAAUGUGUAAGAUCAAUUGUUCUUUCAAUAGCUCAGAAAUUGCUUUGGGAAAUGGUUUUGCGGUGAUUAACAAAAAAAUACGUCUACUCUGAAUAACGCUUUUAUUUCGACUAACUCGUAAAAAAUGGUUUUUCUUUCUCUUUUUACCAAGGAAUAUAGUUUUCUCUUUCUCUCCGACUCUCGCUCACACUUGUUGCUGAGGGGUGUUCCAAUAGAUUAUUACUUGCGUGAUCAUUCUCCCCCCGUUGAUUCCUCCGAAUCAACUGACGGUAGUAGACAAAUCUUUGUUGUAGCUCGGCGAUAUUCUCCAGCAGCGGUCUUCACGGUGACAACUCGUACGAUUCCGUCACGCCCGGGAUGAGUGGCUAUGAUUCGUCCCAGAUGCCACUGAUUUGGUGGUGCAUUAUCGUCCUUCAACACCACGAGUGCUCCUUCUUUGAUGUUGAUAACUUCACUGUGCCAUUUUGGUCGUGUUUGCAAAUGAUGAAGAUAUUCUGCUGACCAACGUUUCCAGAAGUGCUCUCGCAUUAAUUGGACAUGCUGCCAACGACUCAGGCGCCCAACCUUUAUUUCCUUGUAUGAUGGUUCCGGAAUACUCAAAGCUGAUCGGUUGAUUAAAAAAUGCGACGGAGUUAAAGCUGCAACUUCAUUUGGGUCAUCUGAUAAUGGGCACAAUGGUCGACUGUUUAAAAUUGCUUCAGUCUGCGCUAAAAACGUCGUCAUCUCCUCGUAUGUAAGCCUAGUUUCACCCACGACUCGUUUCAUAUGGUACUUUGCCGAUUUUACGCCAGCCUCCCAAAUACCGCCGAAGUGAGGACUUCGUGGAGGUAUAAAAUGCCAUUGAAUACCCUUUCCAAUACAAAAGUCGUUCAGCUUGUCGCGGUGUACUUGUUCCUCGAAAAGUUUUCGCAGUGCAACCAACUCAUGAUUGGCGCCGACAAAAGUUGUUCCGUUAUCCGAAUACAUAUUGCUUAUCAUACCUCGUUUGCUUAUGAAGCGCUGCAAUGCAGCUACAAAAUUAUCUGUAGUUAAGUUCGAUACCAAUUCCAUAUGGAUGGCCUUAGUUGCCAAACACACGAAAAUUGAAAUAUAUGCUUUAUAAGUUGUAGUCUUUCUGCCAAUUUCCCUGAGUAUGAAUGGACCGGCGUAAUCAACUCCAGUAUUUGAAAACACUGCUGAUGGUGUAACACGAUAAUCUGGCAAAUCUCCCAUAAAUUGGUUUACUGGUCGAGGAUUAUGUCUAUAGCACACAUAACAUUUGCCAAUGAUUUGUUUAAUGAUUUGCUUUAUUCUUACAGGCCAGAAACGUUCACGUACGAUAGAAAGUAACCCACGCUGUCCAACAUGAAAAUAGUCCUCGUGUAAUUGCCGUACAAGUAUGCGGGUCACGUGAUGUUUUUCCGGUAGUAGGAGUUGAUGUUUCCCAUCAUACGGAAUCGAUGAAUGCUUCAACCGUCCACCAACUCUAAUCAUGCCAUCCUGGUCAAUGAACGGUGCCAACCCGCUGUGUUCAUGUCCUCUCUUUGAUCCGCUAGACAAAACCUUGAAAAGCUCUUUAAAUGUUUCUUGUUGUACCAGCUUUACUAUUAUCAUAAGACCAUCGUUCAUUUCCUUUGCACUGAGUGGCGAUGUAUUUCUUGUUUUAAAGCGAAUGUUAUUGAUGAACCUCAAAACAUACGCCCAUGCUCGCUGCAGACGUCGAAAAUUACUUAUACGAGAAAAAUCAAUGGUGGGUGUUUGUUGAACAGACGCACACACUGUCGCAGUUUUGAUUUCAGGAAGUUCAGCGUCAUCUAAUUCGAUAUAACCGAUUCCAGGCUGUAACUCAGUUGCCCAGAGCAUCGGUGAUCCUUUCCACCAUAACUCUUGUUUCAAAAGAUCGGAGGGCAUUGUUCCACGCGAUAUAAUAUCAGCUGGGUUUUGUUCGGAUGCAACGUAGCGCCACUGAUAGUCUGGUACCAAUUCGAUGAUUGUUGCAACACGAUUCGAAACGAACUGGUUCAAAGCAAGCGGUGACUUUUUCAACCAGUUCAACACCACUUGCGAAUCACUCCAAAGUGUCACACGUCGAAAAGCAAUUUUCAUUGAAGAAACAGUUUUCUUCGUUAGCUGAGCCAGCAGUAAUGCCGCACAUAGUUCUAGCCGUGGAAUAGUGGAUGGCUUCAACGGAGCGACGCGGGAUUUGCUGCAAACAAGACGAACGCUUACCUUUCCAUCGGAUGAAACGCAUCUGGUAUACAAAACCGCGCCAUAUGCCUUUUUGGAAGCAUCUGAGUAUCCAUGGAGCUCGAUAAAUUCAGCUUGAUUUUCAAUCACACAUCUGGGUUUCUUCAUCUGGUUAACCAACGGCAACUGUUGUCGGAAUGCCGUCCACAUUUUAAGUUCUUCUGAUGGGAGUGCUUCGUCCCAGUCAAGCCCCCGUCGCCAGAGAUCUUGCAUCUGAAUUUUAGCCGUAGUGAGAAUAGGACCAAGAAAUCCUAAUGGAUCGAAUAAACGGCCGAUGUCGGACAGUACACUCCGUUUUGUUGGCAGUGAUUCAUAUUUCGGGUCGAGUGAAUUUACGUGGAAAAUAAAAUAAUCUUCUCGCGGAUUCCAAAUAAGACCAAGCGUUUUAAUGGUGUUAUUGAUGUCAGAGUGCUCAAAAUUCAUCUGUGUUUCAUGGAGUUCUGCUGGAAUGCAAUUUCGUACUGCUUCGCUGUUUGAACAGAAUUUAUGUACCCCAAAUCCACCUCGUUUCAGAAUCUCUGAAAGCUGUCGGUAAACUUCGAUCACUUCUGCUGCCGAUUGUCCUCCAGUAAGGAAAUCAUCAAUAUAGCUGUCAUUUUUAAUUACAUUUGCUGCUAACGGAAGCUCGCUUGCCUCGUCAGUUGCCAGUUGAAUCAGCACUUUUGUAGCCAGAUAUGGCGCACUCGCACAACCGUAUGUUACAGUUGUCAGUUCAAAGAUUCCUAAUUUAUUUUCAGAGUUUAACCAUAGGAUGCGUUGAUAUUUGCGAUCAUUUUCGUGGACUUGUACUUGUCGGUACAUCUUAGGGAUAUCAGCUGUUAAAACCACUUGGUGGCUGCAGAAACGCAAGAUGAUUGAGACUAAAUCACUUUGCACAGUCGGACCUAUCUCGAGUGCAUCAUUCAGCGAGAAACCUGUCGUGGUUCUCGCCGAAGCGUCGAACACUACUCGGAUUUUAGUAGUGCUACUUGUUUCUUUAUACACAGCAUGGUGAGGGAGAAAGUAACAAUCAGUUGGAGUGUCGUUGACUUCCACCAUAUGACCAAGGGCUAAAUAUUCUGCCAUGAAUUCCGUAUACCGGAUUUUCUUCGACUCAUUGAUAAAUGUUCGCAUUAGCUUGUCAAAUCGAUGCUUUGCCAUUGCAAAGGAGUCGCCUAGUUGACUUUUCCUAUCGUUGAAUGGCAAUCUAACGGUGUAGCGGCCAUGCUUGUUUCGAGUGAACGUUCUAUCAAAAUGUGUUUCAACGGCAUGUUCUGCCGCUGUCAAAGGUGAUGCUUCCUGGCAGGUUUCCAGUUCCCAAAAACGUGUCAGCGUUUGAUUGAGAUCAUCGUUGCUAACAUUCACUUGACAAGUGUGUUCUAGUUUCUUUUUACCAGCCGGUGCUGGUCCACUUACGAUCCACCCAAGCUGUGUAUCAAUCAGUGUAGGUAUUGAUUUUCCGAGUCGCACUCGACCUUCUUUGAGUAGGUCAAAGAACAGUUCGGCUCCAAUUAUCAUUUCAAUUUCGUCUGGAAUGUUGAAUGACGGAUCGGCUAGCGCAAUUCCCUUAGGAAUCGGCCACGUACGGAUGUCCAUUUCGACGGUCGGUAGAUUGGUGAUGAUCUUUGGAACCACCAAGAAAUCUAAAAUGGCGUCGAACGUACUGACACGCGAUCUUAUUUUCGUUUGCACUUUGAACUUCACGUGAGUUUCAUUAUUAUUGAGUCCACUGAUUGGAAUGUUCACAUCUUCUAAUUGAAUAUUCAGUUUUUUCGCAAGUUUUUCUGUCAUGACGUUCGAGUCAGACGCUGAAUCCAAAAGCGCACGGCACGGCCACGUUGAGUUUCCCGAACCACACACUAGCACUUCAGCGGUUGAUAGUACUAUUUGCCUCCUUGUCAAUGAAGACUGGGAACAGUUCACUGAUCUUGACUGUUGUACGUUAGUUGCGUUGUUAUCAUCGGAGGUCGACGUCGAUGGCUUUGGGUCUUCCUUCUGCGAUUUCGAUGGUUCAAUUUUCUCCGUAUGAAGAAGGCUGUGAUGUUUUCUUCCGCAUGUUUUACAAGACUGCUCCGACUUACAGUCCGUAGUACGGUGACCUCGACGUAGGCAGUUGAAGCAGAGACCGGAUUUCUUUACUUGCGAGUAGCGAUCAGAUAACUCGAGUUUCCUGAAAUCGUUGCAUUUAUAAAUUAAAUGAUCGCCAUUGCAACAGUAACAGGACUCCUUUGUCGUCUGGCUGAAAUUCUUUGCUGGUAAACUCUGUUCUGCUUUUCCUCGUUUUGACAUUCCCACUGGUGCACGCUGCUCAGAAUAACCCUUUAACUUUUGCAAAAUGCGGCUCCUUUCACGAAGGAAAUCUAUCAAGUCUGUGUAUGACGGUAGUUCUUCUUUGGGUAGUUGCGAUUCCCAUAGUUUUCGGGUGUCUUUAUCCAGUCGUUUGGAUAUCAAAUUAAUGAGUAUCAUUUCUGCUAGUCCCUCAACAGCAAGUUCUCGGCUCAAGAGCGCAUCGACAUGCUUCGUGGUAGCAUCAAUUAGCUUACGUAAAUCCUCGCUGGAUUCCGUCGUCAUUCUUGGCAAGUUGAGAAGAGCAUCAAUAUGCGUAUCGAUUAUAAGUCGUUCGUCUUCAUAUGUAUCUUCAAGCAUCUUCCAAGCCGUAUCAUAAUUAUUAUUAUUUAUCACAUCUUGAUCAAUUUUACCUGCAGCUUUUCCGAUCAACGAGUUUUUUAAAUGAUAUAAUUUGAUAGCUGGUGACUCGUUUGGAUAUCUGCUCAUGAUCGUGCGAAACAUGCAUUUGAAGGAAUACCAAUUUUCAAGAUUCCCAUCAAAUGUCGGAAGCGGCACUUGCAGGUGUGGUCCAGAUGCAUUCACUGCGUUUGGUUGCUGCGGAUGAAAAGGGAUAGCGUUUGCAUCGAGUUUGACUUGGUUGGCCUCUUCCUUUCGUUGCGACAUUUUCGUCUGAAUGUCAACAUAUAAGGCACUAUACAUAUCUUCACAGCGUAAGUACUCUCGCAUAUGCUCUUCUCGUUGUUCUCUAGACGUCAGUCCACAAAUUUCAGCAUACACUUUCUCGGAUUCUUCGUUACAUUUACGUAUUGUCUCGAGCUGCAAAUUGAGCCAGUGAACGUUCAUGUUCUGCGCUUUUAAACCUUCUCGUAUUCUGUAGAACUUUUGCAUCACCAAAUCUCUUCGAUCCACGAGCUUUUCCAAAUGCUGUGCCAUCCUUCGUUUUUCUAGUUUUUUCGCCUGCUCUGCCUUUUGAGUAGCGACCGUACUUUCAGGUGUCGUAUCAAGAACAAAAUCGUUGAGAUUCUUCGGGGUCAGGUCCCUUGGAACACGUGGCGUUUCGUCGCUCCCGGUUUUUCGCAGCUCAUUCAUGUAAAUAACAUGCACUUUUUCCUUAAAACUAUCGAAUAAUGUUUAAGAAUGCUCAAGAUAACGUGUUACGAACACGAUUCAACAGGAUCGCUCGCGACCGCGACGCGUCGAAAAACAAUAUGGCGGAUUUUUGCAUUCGGUGCAAAAUCGUUGUCAAUUCACUUUUUCUUGGAUUUAUCACUUCCAAACCAUUUCGAAAACUAUUUUACGGAAUAGAUCCGGUUCGAAGGACCAAAUGUUCUUUCAAUAGCUCAGAAAUUGCUUUGGGAAAUGGUUUUGCGGUGAUUAACAAAAAAAUACGUCUACUCUGAAUAACGCUUUUAUUUCGACUAACUCGUAAAAAAUGGUUUUUCUUUCUCUUUUUACCAAGGAAUAUAGUUUUCUCUUUCUCUCCGACUCUCGCUCACACUUGUUGCUGAGGGGUGUUCCAAUAGAUUAUUACUUGCGUGAUCAUCAAUAUUGGAAUAUAAAUUAUAAAUGAUUGUAGUAAGAUACAUUAACGUAUAUAAAACGACUCUAUUAUUACUUUUGUUCGGUAUUUGGAAAAGUAGGUGUCAAUAUUUUGAAAAGUAAUGUAGACAUUACUGUUUCGCUAUCUAUUGUUUUUUUUAUGUUAAUCCCAACUUAACAUGAUCACGUGACUGAAACGCGUGUAAAUUGAAUGUCAAAUUUUAAGUAAUUGUAGUUACAUUGACGAUCAAAUAAUCUGCACUCUGUUAAGUUGAAAGGACAAAGUUUUACAACUAAUUUAAUUAAUUUGAUAAGCUGUGUAGAGCCAUUAACUAAAAUUAAAAUCACGCAUCCGUAGUAAAUAUUGAACGUAUAACUAGAGCUUGAAGCAAUUUCGAGCUAAUGUAAAUAUCACUUGAUAGUUUUUGGUAACGCUGGGAUAAAUAAUUAUGUCAGAGCCAUGUCACUUGAAGGUUGAAAUCAAUUUCAUAAGACAUCGUAAUGUUAGACUUUAAUAAAAACACAUGCCUAACUUUUGCUGCAAGCGUCUCAUUGAAACUGUGUAUUUGAGAAAGGGCAAUAAAGUGUUCUAACCUAGAAGAAAA